AUGGCUUCUAUUCCCAUGCAAUUAGAUGAGAAAACAAGGCGACAUGAAGAAUUGGCUACAGCAGUAUUGAAACAAAAAGCUAGGCCAGAUCGUCUGAUUGUCGACCGGUCACCUAAUGAUGAUAAUUCCAUAGUCACCAUAUCAGAGGCUAAAAUGGACGAACUGAAUUUAUAUCGUGGGGGUACGGUUAUUCUAAAAGGCAAGAGGCAUAGGGAAACCGUGUGUAUUGCUUUGUCCGACGAGACGUGUCCGGAUGAAAAAAUUUUAAUGAAUAAAUGUGUGCGCAAUAACUUGAGGGUUCGCUUGGGCGAUGUCGUGCGCAUAUCUUCAGCACCAAACGUCAAUUAUGGUAAGGAGAUUCACGUUUCACCAAUUGAUGAUACAAUUGAAGGAUUGACAGGGAACUUAUUUGACGUAUUUCUGAAGCCAUAUUUUGUUGAGACAUACCGACCUAUUCAUAUAGGCGACAUAUUUGCCGUUAAGGCUGCGUUGAGAACAGUCGAAUUUAAGGUCUUAGAAGUAGACCCUGCUCCAUGUUGCAUUGUGGCUGCAGAUACUAAAAUCUAUAUUGAUGGUGAGUCAGUAAAGAGGGAAGACGAGGAAGAAAGUAUGAGUGAUAUUUGCUAUGAUGAUGUUGGUGGGAUGCGAAAGCAGCUUGCACAGAUAAAAGAAAUGGUUGAACUUCCUUUAAGACAUCCACAACUAUUCAAAGCUAUUGGUGUGAAACCACCGCGUGGCAUCUUGUUAUACGGUCCACCUGGUACUGGUAAAACGCUUGUAGCUCGAGCAGUAGCUAAUGAGACGGGUGCUUUUUUCUUUCUUCUCAAUGGUCCGGAGAUCAUGAGUAAAUUGGCUGGAGAAUCAGAGUCUAAUUUGAGAAAGGCUUUUGAAGAAGAAAAAGUGAUUCUUAACGUCUUCAUUUCAUCAUAUUCGGCUGUUUGCUUUAUGCAAAAGAGAAACACUUUUGAUUCAACGCAUGGCGAAAUUGAACGCCGAAUAGUUUCGCAGUUGCUAACUCUUAUGGAUGGUCUAAAACAGCGCAGCCAUGUAUUAGUUAUGGCGGCAACCAAUAGGCCGAAUGCAAUCGACCCAGCAUUGCGCAGGUUUGGUCGAUUCGACAGAGAAAUUGAUAUUGGCAUACCAGAUCCAGUGGGAAGACUUGAAAUACUCCGAAUACAUACGAAAAAUAUGCGUCUCAACGAUGAUGUAGAUCUGGAAACAUUGGUUUUUCGGGUUGCAAAUGAAUGCCAUGGUUAUGUUGGAGCGGACUUGGCCUCACUCUGCUCUGAAGCAGCGCUGCAGCAGAUUCGAGAAAAAAUGGAACUGAUUGAUCUUGAAGAUGAAACUAUUGAUGCCGAAGUACUGGACUUACUUGCCGUGACAAUGGAGAAUUUCCAGUUUGCUAUGAGCAAAGGAACUCCGUCAACUCUUCGUGAGACUACAGUAGAAACACCUAACAUUAGCUGGGAGGAUAUUGGUGGUCUACAGCUCGUAAAGAGAGAACUUCAGGAGCUUGUUCAAUAUCCGGUGGAACACCCUGAAAAGUACGUUAAGUUUGGGAUGCAACCUUCACGUGGUGUCUUGUUUUAUGGACCACCGGGUUGUGGUAAGACACUUCUGGCCAAAGCUAUUGCUCAUGAAUGUCAGGCUAAUUUUAUUUCUGUAAAAGGCCCCGAAUUACUUACAAUGUGGUUUGGAGAGUCAGAAGCUAAUGUUCGAGAUGUAUUUGACAAGGCUCGAGCUGCCGCACCUUGCGUCCUCUUUUUCGAUGAACUGGAUUCUGUAGCGAAGUCACGGGGAGGGAGUGUCGGUGAUGGUGGAGGAGCUGCAGACAGGGUUAUCAAUCAGAUCUUAACGGAAAUGGAUGGGAUGUCACACAAAAAAAAUGUUUUUAUAAUAGGAGCAACAAAUAGGCCUGAUAUAAUUGACACUGCAAUUUUACGCCCCGGCCGGUUGGAUCAAAUGAUAUACAUCCCGUUACCAGACGAACUCAGUCGCGUACAAAUCCUUCAUGCUGCUCUUCGUAAGACUCCAAUUGCUAAAGAUGUUGAUCUUCGUUGCUUAGCUCGAAUCACACCGGGUUACUCAGGUGCAGAUCUAACUGAAAUAUGUCAACGGGCUUGCAAACUGGCUAUAAGAGAAAGCAUUGAAAAAGAAGUGGAGCGCGAAAAAGAAAAACUAAGAGUUGGUGAAGUUAUGGGUGACGAAAACGACGAGUACGAUCCCGUUCCAGAAAUCACGAGAGCUCAUUUUGAAGAAGCAAUGAAGUAUGCUCGACGAUCGGUUUCUGAUGCUGAUGUUAGAAAAUAUGAAGUUUUUGCACAGACCUUACAGCAGCAAAGGGGGUUUGGUACCAAUUUUAAGUCAGUUUGGAUUCCUGGUUUGGAGGAUGGCUUUGGCUUACCUAAUGACAACGAAGAUCUCUAUUCGUAA